AUGAUAACACGCUCACUAGCAGCAGAUUCAAGUGAUCUUCCGACCAUGAACACUCGAAUGGCCGUCAACGCUCUCCGUUAUCAGCUCGAUCAUCCGUUGACGUCCCACGAUGACUCACAAAUCUAUCCUGCGCAUUCCCAGCAGCCUACUCAAGCUUAUAUACAACGACAACGUCCUCGACGCCCGCUCCCGUCACGAAAAGAUUCGCCAAGUCGACGCCAUUUUACCAAUGGGAGUUCUCAACGUGUAGACGACGCUCUAACCGAGUUGAGUCUUCAAGUUUCAAACACUUGGGACAGACGACCAUAUGGAGCCGAACAAGGAGUUGACAUAGCGUUAGACUCACUUAUCACCACGGCCAACAAGCUCAACUUGACGUAUAAUUCUCCACCGCAAGGAUCUGGACACUUUAGAAGAGCGUAA